AUGGUGUCUUCAGUGUUUGCCUUCGGUCUUCUGUGCCUGUUCUUGGGGAAAAUGGUUCAGAUGACAGAGACACAAAUGUUCUCAUCUGUUCAUCCAGAGUCUCGCUUCAUAUCAACUCAAGUUGGUGGAAACCUGACAUUAAAAUGUUUCCAUGAUGGUGACAGGUCUGCAAGACUUUACUGGUUUAAGCAAAAUCUGGGACAAAAACCAAAGAUCAUCUCUCACUUUUACAAAUAUAAUGUGAACAACUCUUCUAAUGAAGAGCUCAAGAACAACCCACGCUUCACACUGGAUACACAAGAUGGCAAAUAUCACUUGACAAUCAAAGAUUUGCAAAUUUCAGACUCAGCUUCGUACUACUGUGUUUACUAUUUAUACACUUUAACCUUUUUAGAGAACAUCAUCAUCAGUGUAAAAGGUUCAGGUGUGAACAUCAAAGCUGUGGUCCAGCAGUCAGCAUCUGAGACCAUCCAGCCAGGAGGCUCUGUGACUCUGAACUGUACAGUACACACUGGGACCUCUGAUGGAGAGCACAGUGUUUACUGGUUCAAAGACUCAGACGAAUCCCAUCCUGGACUCAUUUACACACAUUUGGGCAGAAACGAUCAGUGUGAUAACAAACCUAGCACACAAACACACACCUGUGUCUACAGCUUGCCAAUGAGCAACCUGAGUGUUUCUCAUGCUGGGACCUACUACUGUGCUGUUACCUCUUGUGGACGCAUACUAUUUGGAAAUGGGACCAAGCUGGAGCCUAAAGGCACGUUUAAUUCUCAGGGCUUGGUGUAUUUCUUGAGCGGAGCUUUGACAUUCAGCUCCAUUCUCAGUGUUGUACUGGGAUACUUGCUGUACAAGACAAACAAAAGAAACAGACACCAAUCGACAGAAUCUCAAGCAAGAUUUUCAGGCCCCGCAACAACAAGUUCAGAGGGUUACCAGCAUGCUGACAGCCUUCAUUAUGCUGCUUUAAGCAUUAAAAUCCCCAAGAGAUCAAGAACACAGAGAAACAGCACCGAGAAUGAAUGUGUUUACUCGGCUAUAAACAAAUAA